AUGUCUCUUGCUACCUCAACCGAUAGAGAUAUCAAGAUCUUGGAGGACCGAGUGUUGACACUCUCGAUCCUCUUAAACUUUGAGAUCGCUAGCCAUCAACACACCCGUGAUGCUCUCAUGCAGAUGCAGACACGAUCCGCCGAGUUUGAACGUCUCUGUGAUUUGCAGAGCGCACAACUUGGUGUGAUGAAUAUCAACCUCACCCAGCUAGAGACACGGGUUGACCUGCUGAAGCGAGAAAAUGGGAGACUGAACCUGACACUUAACCACUUGGUCCCUGCUCGAGUAAGGACGCCUCAAACAUCAUGCACUCCCUCGGGCACCUCCCCUUCAGCAGAGAAAAGCCCUCAUGAGGAAGAUACGGAAGCGUGGGCAGAGCCUGAGGACUACAGCAUUAUUGAUGGAACCUCGUUGUCCAGUGAAGCUGUGUAG